AUGCCACGUAAAAAGGUGAACUACAAAAAAGGUGAAAAUCGACUUGCGAAGCUCCAGAAAGAAAAUGCACGUUUGCGAGAUCAAGCUGAAUCUAUCUCAAUGUCUAUUUUGUGUCAAGCAGUAGGAGCUCAAAUGAAGUACAAGGAAGCGCAAAAUGAUUAUAAUCUUUUCAGGACAGGGCAAAAGUCGAAAAAUAUAUAUCUCCGCUAUGUGUUGCUGAAUCGUUUCAUGGAUGAAAAAUCGUUUUUCGCUGAAGAAGCACUGCACAUACUUCGUAUUGGUCCACAACACACCAAAAUGAGAGAUGAUGAGAAAGAGCGUGAAAUUCAAAAUUUUGCAAGACAGUGGAAAACACAAAAAGAGGAUGAGUCAAAUUGCAUAUCUUUAAUCAGUGAACAUACACUGAAGAGUGCUCUCAUCGACCUCAAUAUCUAUUUCAGUACAAUCACGCUAGUGGAAGAUAUCGACUACAGAGUUAUGUUCAAUGAACAUAUGUCAUGUUUUGAAAAACCAAUCCACUAUGUUGAUCCUAAGAAAAAGAAAGUUUUGACUUGUGGUCAGGCUUUCUAUGCGAUUUUCAUCGCGUGCUGCUGGGAACCAAUUGGAACGAGAACGUUUGCUCGGAGCAUCCAGAUUCGAACCAUGUUCCCGUUCGCAAUGGUCCAGACAGAAAUCGAGCAGUUACAAAGACAUUGUUAUUUUCUUGCUAUGAAAAGAGCCAAUGAGAAAAGAGCUUACGCGGGAAGAGACUAUCUUUUUUCUGACAUGAAGCACGAUGAUCAAGUCGGUAUCAGUUCUUAUAAAUCCGUGGCGGAAUUCUAUGAUCUGCAAUAUAUUCAACUGGAUGGUGGAAGAGUUGACGCUUGGAUUGCCAGAUUCCUAUUGAUGGCUGGUUGGACGAAGCAAUUCUUUGCAAGAGAAAAAACUAGUGGACAAUGUUUGCUGAUUAUAAUGAUGCCUCUUCUCUUGGAAUUUAUUCCUUACGGUUGUCAGGAUGUCGCUCAUGACUUCAUUCCAAACUUCAUCAACGAAAAAUUGACCGAUGCCAACUGUAAGCUCAAAUAUUCAUGGGAUAGUUUAUGCCCACAAAAAUUGAUGAGUUUUUAUAAAAAAGGAGUAGUAACAGCUCGUGGAGAACAACCAGUCGACUGGCAACUCGAACUUAAUAAGCGCAUUUUAAUUUCAAACCGAAGCCUUCUACCAGAUAAUUUAAAAUACAAUUCCAACGUUCCGUUCUUCGUUAUCGAUGACGCUCAUCAAAAAGCAUUUGUAAAACAUAAUGAUGGAACAGAGAAGGAAAUGCCUAAAAAUUAUUUGUUGGAUUACGAGAGAUACUCUGAGACUGUUUCUCUGGUGAGACAUCCUCUUCGUUUCUUCCCCGCAAAAGACGCUGAUGGAAGCUUUGUUCCUUAUUUUCUUGAGAGCGAGGUUAAGAUUAUGUUUCGGCGUAUUGCUAUAAACAAAGAAACAGGAAUAUCACCUCUCAGGUAUACAGAUUAUAAAGACAAAGAAAAUCCUCCCGAGGUGCUUGGUAUUUACAAUCUCGAUAAUUUGAAACAGUUGUGCAAAUAUGUAGAUGUGGAUGUAAUCAAAAUAAUGUUCGUUCCUGACUUGGUCAUGAAGCAAACCGCUCAGCAUGCCAUAUCCAAUCCUUACACUCCUGUCACUACGUUGGGAUUUCAUGGAGAAGUUGUUAUGAACGACGAUCAAGCCGUGAUCCACACAUAUAUCAGGGUACUCUGCGGGGUGAACUGGAAAGUAGUCUCUUCUUCGCAGCACUUCGAGGGCUUCCGACUUCGAUUUUUAUAUACAAUGGAAAAUUAUACAAAGGGAGACCGGAAAACAAAAAAAAAAAUAAAGUUUGUUAACCGAAACAUUGAGCAUCUUCUGGAGCAUAAGCUUUUCGAGGAGCAUCCGAGAACUUCUGAUAGGGGUUUUUUGUAUGAAGAAUACAAGUUCGAUGAUACCAUCCCCGGAGCUGAACACAAACGGAAAAGUGCUGAAUUGGAAGUUCCAUACCUCUCGCAAAAUGAAGACAUUCUUCCGAUUUGGCAAGCACGGAUAUAUAUGAUCAGCGCAUACAUCACUCUGUUUUGUCAACACUCGCGUUGUAAUAAGAUUUGCAUGUAUGAUGAACUUCAUUUCUUAGAGGAUGGACUCCUAUCGAAAAUUCCAGAAGAAGCGAGAGAACAGCAGGCUAAAUUUAUGAGCAUUGUGAGAAACAUAUGGUCACCAACGAAAAGUAAGGCUUUGCGAGUAGUGAGGGAAUCUUUGGCGUCAGCGUGCAAUCAAAAUGAGCAUAUCUGCAAUAAUUGCAACCAUAAUGAAUCAAUCUCCAAAGAAUUCGAAGAAUCUGCUGUUGAAAACCAUACCAAAACGGAAACAGAACCGAACCCAAAGACAAUGCCAAACACACAAGUAGUCACGCAGACCAAAAAAGAAGAUCCAACUCCUGCACCAAAACUAUUUUCAACCGUUUUCACACCACGAACUUCAUCGAAAAAGUCGGCACAGAAAUCAAUUAGUCUUGAAACCGCUAGUUUUCACAGUGAAAAAGAUAUUCCACUUAUUUGCAAGGCUAUUCUGACACCAGAAAUCAGACGAUUCCACAAGCGAGAGAUUGAAAUGCCGAUGGCAGUUUUUAACACGUUUAAAAAGCAUCAGAAAAUGAAGAUGGAUUUUAUGAAAAAUGAAUAUUCCAGAAAUAUGAAGAAAUUCAAUGAACAUUCAAAAGCGGUCGAAGCUGACAAGAAAAUAAGACCGCUGAGAGACGACGAUCUGCAUGAAUAUAAAAAAUCGGUCGCUAAAUACAUGAGUAUUCUAGAUUUCAACACCGAUCGAUUGAUUAGAACCCACGAUGACUCCGAAUUGCUACGUAUUCCCGCUGUACCGAAACUAUCGGCGAAUCUAUUGAAUACAUUGAAUUCAAGGAUUCCUCCUACCGAAUUGAUUGAAGAGAUCGAUUUGAGAAUGCUUUGCUGCGUAUGUUACGGUCUCCUUCGUGAUCGCUUCACCCGUUGCUCACGAUGUUCCAACAAAGUUCACUCAACUUGCGGAAAUAAUUGGACAGAAUUAAAAAUAAAAUGUGGAUGGUGUCGGACCAAUGAGGAAACGAAGAUUAACUGCGAUAUAAAAAAUAAUCAAUUUUCGUCACAUUUCGUAAAAAGUAAUAUUGUGAUCUCUCCUUCCGCGUAA